ACAACUGGCGAACAUCUAUCCAUCCGUCUAUCGCGCGAGUACACGCUCGAUGACAAGGUAUCACUGACCCGCGGCAGUCAGAGUACGCGGGGAUACGCGCGAGAGGAUAGAGGAUAGGUCUCGCUCGCUCCUUGGCUGCCACGCGCCACCGCGAGUGCCUGCCUGCCUGCCUGCCUGACUGCCUGACUGCCUGACUGCCUGCCUGACUGCCUGCCUGCGUGCCACGAGAGUAGUGAUCGUCGUCACAAGUGCUAUGCGAAUAUGACGAUUGGCGAGGAUACGGCGAUCGCUCACGAUCGAGGGGAAAUCGCGAUGGAGGCGAUUCUAGUUCGCGACCAAAGGACCACUUCGCACAGAGUUCUCGAACAUCGAGCAUCGCCGAAUAAACCGAUGGGGGCCGAUUGCCCCGGCGUCGGGGCUACCGAUACCAAAUGGUACAAAAGAGUUCUGGAUAAGAGCUUCCUAUGCGAAGCUGCGAUUAGUCCGACGAUAGAGAGAAACGAUCGGAACGAGAGACGCUUAUCCCGUGAUUCCGCGUGUCCUGUACCUGCUUUUUACGACGAUCGAGGGAUACGAUCGAGACGCAACCCAUCGUCAGACGUCACCGCGACCACGUGGCUCAGGUUAGGCAGUCUUUUGGUGAUCUUGCUGGUGGUCUCGGUGCACGCCGCUCCAGCGAUGACCCUCGAGGACAAACGACUGAGCUCGACCCCCAAGUGGGUGAAUCCUUGCGGCCUCGCGGCCGAAGAUUUUACCGGAGAUUUGGAAGUGGUGCAGCUCACGGACUCGCAGCUCCUUCAUCAGGUCGUCGUUCAAGCGAAAACAGCGCUGAUGCACGCCAAACUUUUUCGCGACGAUUACGCUAGAAGAACGUACAAAAUCGACUUUGCCGAUCUACAUUCGACCUUUAAAGAUCAUUACAAUUGGCUUCCUGGCCCGAACGAAAUUCCCAAGGAACUAGGAGAGAACCUGAAUCAAGAAUACCUUGACAGAUUAGAACUCGAUACAGCCCUCAUCGACGCGUAUGAAUACAUGCAAAAGUAUGCCGUGGGUCUGGAACAGAUUGUUUGGGAUCAAGAGGAUCUUCAACUCGAGUUUCGCAACCAAUUUAAGGAGACCGAAUACAAACUGCGAACGGUGCUGUGCGAGCUGCAGGUAGCGCUAGUGGAACGUCAACUGUCGUCACGGCCAGACGUGACACGGGACAUCAUGAAGUCCGAUUUCCGGAAACAAUCUUCGGAGACGCAUCGAAAUUUACGCGAUUGGUUGAUCUUUCGGGAUUACAUGAACGGGCUUGAAUACGUGAUACAGGUGUUCGAACACCUACGCCGUGGACUUCAAUCCUGAGGGUGGCAAGGCGGAAGCCGAAGAAGGGCUACCAGGCGACGACUCGCCCAUCUCAGGAAACCGGACCAACCCUACCUGGAUGGCCAUCUCUCGUCAUAAGAUCGGAGAAGAAAACAGGGGAAGAACCUAGACGGUUCUCCAAGCAGGUCAGGGGCUAUUUAACCCGUCUCGGUUCCAGUCGGAUGUGAUCUCGAAUGGCGACGAUCGGCCUAUCCGUCGGUCACCGGAUCAUCACCCAGUGUCGAGCAACCGCGUAAUAAAGUGAAACCGAUGGAUAUUCCGUAUUCGUUCGAACGUGUGAAACGUGUCAAACGCGCGCGCGCGCGUGUGUGUGUGUACAUAUAUAUAUAUAUAUAUAUAUAUCUCUGUUGCGAGUUGUUGACUAUCGUUAAGUGACUUUGAAAACGUUGACGAGAGAAUCGUGAAAGAAAAUCGUGUCCACGUUUCCCGUCCAUCUUCUACACACGCAUACACACACACACACACAUACACACACGUACACGCACAUCGUCAUCGUCAUCGAGAAGAUCAUCGGGAGAGGCAUCCGGCGAAGAAGUGAGAAUAACAACAGCAGGAAGAAGAAGAAGAGUCGUACGAUGAUCAACAGCCCAUUGGCUUUCGCCGCUGUAAAUUCGUGUGCGAGAUGUAUAUAUAUAUAUAUAUAUAUAUAUAUAUUGAAUUUCGCAUGCAUUUAUGCUAGCACGCGUUCCAUUGUGUGUUCCACGCGUGAAAAUUCAUAUCCAAAGUAUAUAAUAAUCGUAACGUGAAAAAGAAUAAAGAUGACGGAUCGAAGAGGAAGGAUAGAGAAGCAGUUUCUCGAGAGAGAAAGAGAGAGAGAGAGAGAGAGAGAGAGAGAGAGAGACGUCUUAUCGUUCGUCAAUGAGAUUUUCCAUAGUCGGUUGAACGAAAAACGUAUUGUAUCUAGUUUCUCGCAUUAUUUGAUAGAGCUGCUUUUUUUUUUUUUUUUCGUAUUUUUCAUAUCCUAUUCGACGAAUAAAUCUUUUUUUUUAUUAAAAUUACUCUACGACGUUUUACCGGUGGACGCCUAGCUUUUUUUCCUUUUAUUCGUUAUUUCGACGAUAUAUAAUUUUAUCUUAAUAGAGAGAUUUCAUUUUUAAUCGGGAAAAUUGUUCAAAAUGGAAAGACUCGAUCGAGAUAACGUAUCAUCGAUGAAGGUAUAAUAUAUCGUCGAUAAUCGUUGUUUCCGUUACAAUAUAUCUAUUUUAUUUUGAAUAAUUCUCCCCUUAAAAAUGAUAAUUUGUAUUAUCGUUUUAUUUUAUUGGAAUAAAGCAGCGAUAUCAAGGAAGCGGGCGAUUCGAGGAGAUUUUUAUUGAUCGAGGAUCGAGGAUUGAGAAACGAAAGGAAAGGAUAAGACGUGAAUGAGAUCGUGCCGAAAGAGGGGGAAAAGGAAGGAUUCGGAGGGAAUCCGUUUAAACGAGCUUGUACACCGCAGCGGUGUUAUUAUCCUAAGUAUACAAGAAUAUACAGUAUUCGCGCUUUAACUUAGAUUAUUCGCGUCGUAUCAAAAUAAAUUUUACGUGUAUGUUUGUCGCGUGUAUCGUCACGCGAGCCGAGGAAACGAGCACAAAAUCGUUGAACACGUCAACUGAUUGAAACGCAAAACUUUCGACGAGCCGUUCGCGCCCCGUUCUUAAUCCUAUGUAAUAAUUUAUUAUCUAACUGUAAUAUUAUUAUAUUUGUAUUUAUUCAGAUUAUUUAUUUUAUUUUUGUAAAGAUUUUACAUGUCCGAUCAACUGUAUUUAAAGUGUCUAGUUGAGCUUAAAAAUUAUCUAGAGUAUAACAGAGAGAGAUACAGAAGGAUAUAUAAUUAUAAUUAUUAUUAUUAUUAUUAUUAAUUAUUAUUAUUAAUUAUUAUCAUUAUUAUUAUUAAUAUUAUUAGUAAAAUUUUUUAAUAGUAUCGUAGGGGAAGAAGAAGGAAACGCACCGAAGCGGCCGACGCCAUUUUACGUUACGCGCCGCGCUGCUGCUGCAAUCUCCCUUCGCUUCACGUAUCUUUUUCACGGUAUGCGAAUAUAGAAAUUUAUUUGAAAGACAACGAUUGGCAAAAAUUCGUUUCUCUCGUAUUUUUUAUUCGUUGCGAGGAUUAUAUCCUGGUAAAAAAAAGCGUAAAAAAAAAAAAAAAAAAAAAAAAAAAAAAAUGAAUAUUCGGUUAACAUUAAAUCGAUUUUUUUAUCCGACAUUGAUUCGAUGGAUGGCCUGUUAGAAAAAUUCUUCUUUUUCUUCUUUUUUCUUUUUUCUUUUUCUUUUUUUCCCCCUUUUUUUAUACAUAUAUAUACACACAUAUAUAUACAUAGCAGAGAGAGAGAGAGAGAGAGAGAGAAAGCUUCAUACUUCCGUUUUAGAUCUAGCGAUAUCCGAGACUGUUGCGAACCGAACGAAACGCCAUCUUCUACGAUACUCGAAAGCGCUAUGUUUUUAUCUUAAAAAUAUCUUUUAAUCUCUGGAGAGAAUUUUAAUCGUUCGACUCAAUUCGAUUUUAUCUCUAUCGAUUUUUCUAUCAUUUAAACCUUUUAUCCAAACCUGUUUUUUUUUUUUUUUUUUUUUAUUUCAUCGACUUUCGUGUCUAGAAGAGAGCGUCGCGUUAAGUUUUGGCGUCGAUAUUUGCUCGAAGACGGCCGACCUCACAGAUCUUUUCGUACUUACGAUUUAUCCUCGAAGCUUAGAGACAAGGUUUAAAUCCAUGUUGUGUCCUGUAAAAAAAAAAAAAAAGAAAAAAAAAAGACAGAGAUCGUCGUACUUUUUACGUACUUUUACGUUUUAAUUCUCGUGUCAUCGGCGGCCUAUCAAGCUUAUCAUAGGUAAAGAAGAAGUUGAUAAAAGUGUUCGAAAAAAAUUCACGGGUUAAUCGUAUUGUGUGAUUUUCUUUUCCUUUUUUUUUUUUUUNUUUUUUUUUUUCCCCUCUUAAGUGUACGCGCAUUAAACGAAACUUUGAAUUUUCAUAUCAUCGUAUCUGUGAUAUGCAUCGCCCUUCGUAAGAUUUAUCAUCUUUGAAUCGCACUGAGUCUUCUGCCGAGGGAGAAGUAGAGAGAGAGAGUAUACGAGAGUGUGUGCUUUAAUUUGAAAUAACGAGAGAGAGAGAGAGAGAGAGAGAGGGAGAGAAAGGCCGAUCUAUGUGGCAAUGUCGAUCUCAUAAAUCGAUCUCGAAUACGCAUUUUCCAUUUUAUCACCGCUAUUUUAUAUGUUUUUUUUAUUUAAUAGAUCAUUUAUCGUUUAAAAGUAUCGAUCAUUUUCUAGCAUCUUUUUCAUUUUUUUAAAAUAAGAAAGACUGCCACUGUUUAAGUUCGAUCGUUUCAAAUAAUCGUGGAAUCGAGAUCUAUUUAAAAAUUAUUGUUCGUUCGAUCGGAAAUUUUUUUCUUUUUCAAUCAAAUUCGGCAAUUUAAUAAUUUUCGAUCGCAAGCAGCAGCGCAGCUUGUUCGAGCGUCGUCGAUUAGCAAAAUAAUCCUACCGAUUGCCGAUAUACGAAUGCUGUUUUUAUUAUUAUUAUUAUUAUUAUUAUUAUUAUUAUUAUUAUUAUUAUUAGUAUUAGUAUUAUUAUUAUUACUAUUAUUAUUAUUAUCAUUAUUAUUAUUACUAUUAUUAUUAUUAUUAUUAUUAUUAUUAUUAUUAUUAUUAUUAUUAUUAUAUAUUCCAAUCGACGACACAAUCGAAAUUCACAAUUCUAUUAAAUUAUCGUGAACGCGGGUAUUUUGUUUCUCCGGUUAUAUUUCUCUACAUUAGAAAACAGCGUACCCGCGUGUAAAGAUACGUGGAACGUGCCGUGCAAAAUGAUACGAUGCAUCCACCUUAUUCUCCAACUGUUCUCCAUUAGAAGAAUCCGUUUCUAUCCGAACGAUAGGAAAGAAACAAUCGGUAUUAUCGAUACGAUCGUAAGGAAAGAAAAAGUAUCGAUUCGGGAUUGACGAGUUUUGCAGGCACGUUCCGCGGGAUCGAUAUACGCGCGAUAUACGGCAAAUUGUUAUGUAAGAUAAUUAUCGGAUCGCUUGGUAUAACGUUGUACAUAAACGGAUUUGAUGAUAUAGAAAGCUACGAAAUAUAAUUAUGUAUGUGAAUAUGUAAUAAUAUGUACACGGGCCCCUCCCCCGCAACGCCCGAUUGCUCUGUUGUAUCAUAUUAAACCAAAGACAGUUUGAACACGGAA